AUGUUCUCUCCUCUUCCUCUUCUAUUCUGUCGUCUCCUUCUUGGGUGGCUGUGGCUGGUGGCUGUGGCUGGUGGUCGUCUCUGGUGGUCGUGGUGGGUGGUUGUAUAUGGUGGUUAG